AUGAGAGGGUGUGGGAGUCAGGCUAAAAAGAGAGCUCUUCGGAAACUCAUUUGUGAUGCUAGGGCUGAUGUUUGCGUUGUGCAGGAGUCUAAGCUUCACUCUUUGGAUUUUACUUUUGUGAAUUCUCUUUGGUCUGAUUCUGGUACAGGUUGGAGUGCUAAAUGGGCGGAAGGAAGGUCAGGUGGGAUCAUUAUUUUCUGGAAAAUGGGUGUUCUUGAGGUGGUGGCUAGCUUUAUGGGGGAAGGUUUCUUGGGAAUUCAUGCUGUUUGGAAGGGGUUUUCGGUUUUCUUCGUAAAUGUUUAUGCUUCUUAUAUUGUCGAUAAGAAGAGGGUUUUUUGGGCUUCUCUGAGAGGUUUUCAACAGAGGUUUCCGAAGGGAUUAUGGUGUAUGGGGGAGAUUUUAAUAUGGUGCUUCGACGGGAUGAAAGAAGGGAUUGAAGGGGUGAUGGUUGGUGAUAGAUCCGUUUCGGAUCAUUGUCCUAUUUGGCUCUUUGGCUCUUAUUUUGAUUGGGGUCCUAAACCGUUUAAGUUCUUUAAAUGUUGGUGUGAUCAUAAGGAGUUUUAUCAGUUUGUGGAGGCUUCCAAGCUUAAGGUGUGGAAUAAAGAGGUUUUUGGGGUGCUUGAUUUAGAUGUUGAUAAGGCGGUUAGUUCUUUAAAUGCUCUUGAUUUGGAGGUGGCAAAUGUUAUGAGUGGUGGCGGGAUGGGUGGAGAUAAUAGGGAGGCUAGAGUGGUCGCUUCUAAGGAGGUGUGGGAGUCUAUGCUUGUUAGAGAGGGUGUGUUGCGUCAAAAGUCGAGAUGCAACUGGAUUCGUCUUGGAGAUUCUAAUUCUAGAUUCUUUCACUCUUUCAUGAAAGGUAGAUUUCGAAGGAAUAAUAUUCUUAGUUUGGAUUCUGAUGGAGGGAGAUUAAUGAAGGUUGAGGAUAUUAGAAGGGAGGUGUUUAAUCAUUUCAAAAAUUGCUUUACCGAACCUAUGUUGAAUAGGCCGGUUUUGGAUGGAGCUAUUUUUUCUGUUUUUAGUUCAGAGGAUAGAGUUAUGUUGGAAGCUCCUUUUCUUUUGGAGGAGUUUAAAUCUGUUGUGUGGUUAGAUGAUUGUGAGAAGAGUCCAGGUCCUGAUGGAUUCCCUCUUGGCUUUUUCAAGACUUGUUGGGAGUUUGUUAAAGAUGAUGUGGUUAAUUUUGUUCAGGAUUUCUAUGCGCAUGGAGUUCUUUCUCGGGAUGCUACGGCAUCCUUUCUUGCUUUAAUUCCAAAAACUGUUUCUCCUCUCUCGGUGGAUGAGUUUCGCCCCAUAUGUUUUGUAGGUUGCUUAUAUCGCCUUAUUUCUAAAAUCCUAGCUGGAAGGUUGCGAUUGGUGAUAAGGGAAGCUGAUUUCGAAGUCUCAAACGACCUUUAUUGA